AUGAACCUCAGUCUCUCUGACCAGAACAUGCACAAACCCAGCGAGGGAUGUCUAGAGGAUGACAAAGCGGACCUCAUUAUCCCUUGCUUCCGCAGAAACAUGUACGAAGAGCCUCUGGCCUCAUACUCCAAUGGAUCCAUCAUCUCUCAGCUUCUUCGCAAGACCAUUCACAACAAGAGGGGAGCAGAUGAAAGCCAUUUCUACCUGGCCCCUGCAGCUGUAUCCAGCUGUACUGUCGCUGACUCCGGCCAGGAGGACCAGAGCAGCGUCUCUUCAAAAGACAGUACGGCAGAAGCCGCUUCUCCCAGCUGUCACUUCUCCACAGGUGCAAGCCCAGAAGGAGAGCGUCUUCUGAGUGACCACCUGCAGGCCAAGAGGGCAAGGGUGGAGAACAUCAUUCGGGUCAUGGCAGGCUCACCCAACAGCAGGCUGCACGGUGACGGCGAGAGGUGCGAAACAGAUGCCGGGGAGACCAGAGAGAGUAGAGAGACAAGGGAGACCAGAGAAAUGUACAGGGAGAACAAACGGAAACAGAGGUUGCCUCAGCAUCAGGAGGAUAAUGCUGUGGGCCAAGCAAACAGAAGAGCCAGAAACAGUAGCAGUGGCGAGACCUGCAACACCAAGGAUGAGGAGUGUCAUAAGCUGAAAGAACAGCUCCAGAGCAUGCAAAGGCUCUUGCAUCAACUCCAGGAGAAGUUCCUUCAAGUUUACAACCAGGAGGAUCAUGAACAUGAAGAGAGAGAUGAAGCAGAGAACGCCAUAGCACGUGAGCACUUGUUAGCAAGUAAAGAGUCUAGUGCCAUAAGCACUGAAGAUGAAUUUGAGGGGAUGCACAGCAAGGUGACCACAGAGUGUAAGGACAGAAUGAAAAUGGAGGGUUAUUCGGUUCAACAAAAAGAAGCGCAGAAUCUCAAGGACACCUUGAAGCAGGAGCUCUCCAAAGUUGUGAAUGAAUGUGUGGAUAAGGUGUUCAAGAGAGUGUCCUCUACAGAGAUGGAUCUGUCUCCUCAGCAGCGCGUAUGCUCGUCUCCAGAGAUGCAAAUCAAUUUGAGUUUAGAUAGGAAGAGCCCACCAGCAGGCUGUGCUCAGGAACAGCCUCACAAUGAAGAGACCACAGUCAAACCUAGGUCUCUGGAGUACUAUGAAAGCGCUGAGGCCCAGAGCCCACAGGACCAGACCGAGGCCCUGUCGCUGGUGGUCCGCAAGCCAACAAUGACUCCUAUGAGCUCUGUUACUCCAACGGUGAAGAGGCCCUACCCUUUACAUCAACCCCCAUUUCAGUUUAGCUAUAGCACCCCUUUACAUGAAAGCCAGAUCUUGGAGCACCUCCUAAAAUAUGGACCCCACACCAACUUUGGGGGCCUCCCUUGCAUGCCCCCCUCAAUGGAAAGGACCUCCCCAGACUCGGUUGACCUGCCCUGGGAGACCAUUGCCAUGAGGUCCAAGGUGACGUCCAACCACCUGGGCCAUCACCCUCGCUCCACACCUCUUGGGCCGGUGACGGUUGAAAAUCUGUGUCUCCCUCAUGUCAAGAUGGAGUGUGGAGAUCUGCAGAGCAUGGCUGAACGAAACCCCUACAUGUCUCUCAACAUCCAGGAGGGUCUCACCCCCAACCAUCUGAAGAAGGCAAAGCUCAUGUUCUUCUACACCCGCUAUCCGAGCUCCAACAUUCUGAAAACGUUUUUCCCCGAUGUCAAGUUCAAUCGCUGCAUCACCUCUCAACUGAUCAAGUGGUUCAGUAACUUCAGAGAGUUCUACUACAUCCAGAUGGAGAAGUUUGCCCGGCAGGCCAUCGUUGACGGCAUCAGUGAUAUCAAAGAGAUAUCUGUCAGCAGGGAUUCUGAGCUGUUUCGAGCCCUGAACAUGCACUACAAUAAAGCCAAUGACUUCCAGGUCCCAGACAGGUUCCUAGAGGUUGCCGAAAUUACCUUACAUGAAUUUUACAACGCUAUCUCCACGGCCAAAGAUACAGACCCUUCGUGGAAAAAGGCCAUAUACAAGGUGAUCUGUAAAUUGGACAGUGAGGUCCCGGAAGAGUUCAAGACAUCGACCUAUUUAUAG